GGCCGGGGUCAGCGCGCACCAGCCCUGGAUCCUGCAGUUCCGUCCGUACCCUGUCCCAUGGGGAGGUGGAGAAGCCCAGGUGGGUGAGGAGUGAGCUUCUGCGCCCAGGAAGCCCCAUCGGGGCCAUGGGGGGACAGGUGAGGCUGCCGCCCGGAGAGCCCUGCCAUGAAGGCUACGUGCUGGCUCUGAUCUGUCCAAAUGCCUCCCAGGCUUGGUGUGAGAUCACACAUGUGUCACAGCUACUGGCUUCUCCUGUCCUCUACAGGGACCUGAAUUCCAGCAUAACCAACCUGAGCAUUUCUGCAAAUGCUGAGAACAAAUACAGUCUGUAUGUAGGCCUGGUACUGGCAAUAAGUUCCAGUAUUUUUAUUGGCUCCAGUUUCAUCUUGAAAAAAAAGGGCCUCUUGCAACUGGCCAACAAGGGUGUUACUAGAGCUGGACAAGGUGGACAUUCUUACCUCAAGGAGUGGCUCUGGUGGGCAGGAUUACUCUCAAUGGGAGCAGGAGAAGCUGCGAAUUUUGCAGCCUAUGCCUUUGCACCUGCCACCUUGGUCACCCCACUGGGCGCUCUGAGUGUUCUCAUAAGUGCGAUACUCUCUUCCUAUUUUUUAAAUGAGCACUUGAACAUUCAUGGGAAGCUAGGCUGCAUAUUAAGCAUACUGGGGUCAACCGUGAUGGUUAUCCAUGCCCCACAAGAAGAGGAAGUCGCUUCUCUGCAUGAAAUGGAAAUGAAAUUGAGAGACCCAGGAUUUAUCUCCUUUGCUGUGAUCAUAACUGUGAUCUCCUUGGUGCUGAUUCUGAUCGUGGCUCCCAAGAAAGGACAGACCAAUAUCUUGGUCUACAUUUCAAUCUGUUCAUUGAUCGGCGCAUUUUCUGUUUCUUCUGUCAAAGGCCUGGGAAUUGCCAUUAAGGAACUGUUGGAAUGGAAGCCAGUUUAUAAGCAUCCCCUGGUCUUUGUUCUGCUGGCUGUACUUGUGCUUUCAGUGACGACACAGAUUAACUAUCUCAACAAGGCCCUGGACACCUUCAACACAUCUCUUGUGACUCCCAUUUAUUACGUGUUCUUCACAUCCAUGGUAGUAACCUGCUCCGUCAUCUUAUUCCAAGAAUGGUAUGGCAUGAAAGCUGGCGAUAUCAUCGGGACCUUGAGUGGAUUCUUCACCAUUAUCAACGGCAUUUUCCUUCUACACGCUUUCAAAAACAUUGACAUUACCUGGAGUGACCUGACAACCAACACUCAGAAAGAAGUCUUCUCUCUGAAUGGCCAUGAAGACAAAUACAUCUUACUAGAGAACAUAGAAUGUGCAACCCCAGGAUUUGAUGAUGACAUUACCUUGUUUAGCAGGACCGAUGAUCACAGUCCCUAGAAACCCUGAACAUUAACCACGACGAGUCACUUGGAGAGAAGAAGGACUAUCUGACUCUUGGAUGAACUCUUAGGAACAUUGGCAUUGUUAAAGUUCUAACUAAUGAUUUAGAUGUGAAGCCAAACAAAAAUGUUUCAUUUGGGGCCAUUAAUUUUGAAAAUCAAAGUUUUGGUGCCUCCCCCCAGAAGACUUCUGCUGGUUUUCAUUUUUGCACACUUGAAAUAUUUCCUAAGCCUAAAAGAAGUCAGAGAGUUAGACGACCCAGAAUAAUCUCUUCUGGUCAAAAUGUUUGGCUCUGCCAGGUGGCUCUUCCUUUCUUUGGCUGCUAUUCUUUUUUAUGUAUUUUUUUAUUAUUUUUUAAUGGCUACAAUUGUGGUACAUGGAAGUUCAUGGGCCAGGCAUUGAAUCCAAGCUGCAGAUGCGGCAACACCGGAUCCUUUAACCCAGUGGCUGCUAUUCUUAGUCUGUCAGUAACUCAUAGGUAUAGGCUGAAUGGUGUGCUGAUAAGCAGAAUAUCAAUCAUCACUCUCUAAUGAGUCAUAGUUUCAAAUUAUUAAAACUAAGAAGCAAAAUCACUGAUGCUCCCACCCGCCACCACCAACUUCCUUCUUUCUAAACUACAUAGCUAAAGAGUAGAGUGCUAAAGAAAAAAAUCGGCAUGUUGGAAAUCUGCUCCUUGGUGGGCUAGAAUAUGCGUGAUACACAUGCCCAUGAGGGCUUAUGAAUUGUAAUUUCAUGACAUAUCAUAGAAACUUAUUAUCAAUUAAAAAGGGGAGAACAGAGGAGGGAGGGAGACACUUAGUACCUUAGGGAAAUGAAACAAUUUAUUUUUUGCUUUUCACAAAAACAAAUGACCAUAUUCACAGGUUCUCUUAACUCAGACCUGAGCAACAUUGGACAAAAUUGAGUUUCUGGAGAAAUACAGGUGAUUUCAGCUUUGGAGUUCCUUAUAUUCCUUUUGUUCCUUUCUUUUAGUGUUAUCCUCACGGUCUUUUUCCUUGUUGAUGCAGAGACUUUUAUAAAGUAAUUGCUACACUAUUUUAGGGUUAUAUUGUCCACUUCAAUUUUUCUCAAAGGUUGAAUUCCCAAAAGGUGGGCUUUCCACAGACUGUUUAGAAACAACUAGAAAAAUGUUUGUGAAAGAUCUGCAUGAACUCUUAUAAUGACCCUCUUGAAAAAAACAAAACAAAUGCAAUUGAUUAUGUUCACAGGUUCUUUUAACUCAGACUUGAGCAAUAUAGGACAAAAUUGAGUUUCUGGAGAAAUUUGGCACUCUCUUCUUUAUUAAGGAAAUUAUAAUCAUUAGUAACCUUUUUUAAAAUAUACAUAUCCUACCAUAAUGAGUGGUAGAUGGUCUUUUUCUGUUGAAUCUUGUCUUGAGCAUGUUUUCCAUACAUUUUAUUGUAAGUGUUUGGGGAGAAUAGAAAGAGGAGUUAAUGUCUUAAAAAAUUAAGCCCCCAGGGACAACAACAGGAAAAGACCUUUCCUUAUGAAAAUAAAGCCCACAUAAAAUUUUCCUAUCUCAUUCCAAGUUCAAGGCCGGGGUCACAUUUUUAUGGACAUAUUACUUAUUACUCGUUGAUAUAAUUAAUGGAAGAGAAAUUAGCUAUCUUAUUUCCAGACCAAACUUAUUUCCUCUCAAAACAAAAAUCUGGGGGAAAAAAAAAACCAAAAAAUAAUUAUGACAUUAAAAACAAAAGCUCUUCAGGUUGACUGGAUUUUUCUCUUCUAAUGUCAAAUAUUAUUAGUUUUGUCUGUUCAUAAUGUAGCUCAAGUCUACCUGGGUAAUAAAUAGUAGGCUCUUCCCUUCAGAAUUCUAUUAAAGUGACUUCAGCUUUUCCCCAGUUCUGUUGAACUCUGACUGAUGUUCACGGUGAUGACUUGAGACACUGCAAAGUCCUAAUGUGCUGAUGGAAUCUUUUCAGCAUAAUUUUUUGUUUCUCUGUUUUCUUUUUAGGGCUGCACCUUCGGCAUGUGGAAGUUCCCAGGCCAGGUGUCAACUCGGAGCUAUAGUUGCCAGCCACAGCCACAGCCACCCAGAAUCUGAGCUGCAUCUGUGACCUACACAGAGGCCAGGGAUUGAACCCACAUCCUCAUGGUUACUAGUCGGGUUCAUUUCUGUUGCACCGCAGUGGGAACUCCUUCAGCAGAGUUUAGUGGUGAGUGCAAUUCAGUACAUUCUAAAUUUCUGAAAACUGAUCAUCUGUGGAAGAUUCAUGGGUUAAUACCUCAGGUCAAAUAUGUGUUUCCCCUGUCGAUUGCUGAUUCACCUUAAUUGUAUAUCAGAUAUAUAAGCUAUGAACACAAGUAUGUAGAAAAAGUGUUUGAAAAUUGUAGAAAUUCUUUUAAAGGUUUUCACUUUUCUAUUGAAAACUCUGUUGAUUUCUCUAGAACACCUUCUUGGUGAGGAAGUUAAUGACAUCCAGCUUGAGGCUGGGGUGCUGCUCCACCUACUGAAUUUUAGGGUCAGUUAUUUCUUCAAUGUCACCUGUUACAGAGCUUUGCCCUUGGUAUAUUGUGCCCAGGUCGAAGGUUGUUGGAACACAAGAAUCCCUGUGGACCCUGGGUUGGAAAUGAAUUGGCACAGACAGAUAUGCCCAGGAGAAAGUCAGCGAAAGAUCCAAAGAGUUGAAAUAUGUUGAGAAACAAUAAAACAUUCGAAAAACUCUGGAACUGCCUGGUGGGCAUAUGCAUUGAAAAACCAAAAUGUUACAAAUCCAAAACCCAGAAUAAUUUUUCCCAAGUAGGAAGAUAUUGUCUAAGGAGAAAUAAAAUGCUGGAUCCCUAUAUUCAGACUAACUGUGUUAGUCUUAACGGGUAGUCUCAUAUGUAUAUAAUUUAAUAUAUGUACUGUAUCUCACAGAGAUACCUUAAGAUUUAUUAUGUGACUAUCUGUACGUAUGUCAUUAAGGAUUACAAAGCUGUACUCACACAGCUCUGUUUCACACAUGAAAGCUUUUCCUACUACUGUAAAUGUAAUCGUUUCAUUUUUCAACUUACAAUUCUAUUCUUAGGUCAAUGGUGAAUGACUUUUUAGUUCAGAUUGCAGAAUAUUCAUAAAACCCUUUAGAUUUGGCAACAUGAAAUUAUUUGUUUUAAGAGUCCUCGAUCAAAUAUAUAUAUAUAUAUAUUCAUGGGAAGUAAUUGUACCAUGCCUGAUAUUGAGGCAUUUGAUAAAAUUUAGUUCUCUUUGGGAGUUCCCGUCGUGGCGCAGUGGUUAACGAAUCUGACUAAGAACCAUGAGGUUGCAGGGUCCAUCGCCGGCCUUGCUCAGUGGGUUAAGGACCUGGCGUUGCCGUGAGCUGUGGUGUAGGUUGCAGACGUGGCUCAGAUCCUGCAUUGCUGUGGCUCUGGCAUAGGCCGGCAGCUCCAGCUCCGAUUAGACCCCUAGCCUGGGAACCUCCAUGUGCUGCAGGAGCGGCCCUAGAAAAAGACCAAAAAAAAAAAAAAAAAAAAAAAAAAAUUCUCUUCGAAUCAAAAAAAAAAUUUUGGCCAUACCUGGGCAUGUGGAAGUUCCUGAGCCAUGGAUCAAACCCACGCCACUGCAUCAGCUUGAACCAUUGCCAUGACAAAGCAGGAUCUUUAACUCUCUGCACCACAAGGGAACUCCAAAUCAACAUUUUAAUUCUUAGUCAAAGCACUAGAUCAGGAAGGGGCAUUGCUUGCCAGUUUUUAUACAUUCUUCUUCUUUUCUCAGUUUGUGUCACCUUAGCUCAUUUUUAAUAAUCCAAGUGAAAAAUAAAUUCCAUUAGUAUCCUAUCUCAAUACAAAAAGAUCCUGACAAAAAUAUUUUUCUUCAUGAAACUGAACUAAAUGCAGUCUUUACAUGUCAACAAAACUUUGUGGAAAAAUAACUUACAUGAAUACAUAUGAAAUAUUUUCAAAUAUUACUAUGAUCAUGAAAUUUUCUAUUUUUCAAAUGUUUAUACAUACUGUUCAUUUUCAAAAGUUGACAAAGUUUCAAUUAAUGUUUGUAUAUUUUUCAUUUGCAAUAAAAUAAUGUGGUUUAAUUAUG